AUGGAUGACCGCCGGGCAUGGCGUCUGCUGCCGGCCGCGCACCCGGAUGUGCCGGUCCUCCUCGUCGCGACGUCAUUUGGGCCGGCGGCGUACAGCGUGUACGUGACGGACCUGGCGCACGUCUGGGCCGAGCGGCUCGAGCGCCGCGCCAUUUGCAUGCGCGCGUUCCAGGAGAACACGACGAUUGACCCGAGCUACGACAAUGAGCAGAUGGGCGUGUUUCUGGGCAAGUUGCAGGCCGCCCUGGCGGGCGAUGCCAUCGCUGACGGCGAUGCCAACGCCGAGACGCGGCUGUCGCUGGCCGCCGCCCCCAAGGCCGACGGCGAUCUGGUGCUGCACAUCACGUCGGUGCUGCCCGGCGGCCUGCCGCCGCUCCAGUGGCCCGUGCAUCUCACGCGACAGCCGGCGAGGGCGGUGGCGGCGGCGCUCGUGCUGCCCCUCGUGCACGACCGUGCGGCGCACCAGCGCACCGAGGCACGGCUCGUGGCGGCGCUGCAGGACAAGGACGCGGUGAUCAACAAGCUGGCGGACAAGCUGGAGGCGAUGGGGGCGGGUGUGGAGAGUGCGUUCCCGACGCUGGCGGGUGGCGCUGGCACCGCCCCCAGCGCCCGAAGAGGCGGGCGCAAGGUCGCGCGCGCGGACAUGGAGGCGCGGGUGCGAGGGCUGGCGCGGUUCGACGAGGCCAGGUUCCGGAAACAGAUGCAGGCAGAGGAUGUCCAAAGACAAAGGCAGACGGACGAGGACGGCGCCGAUGCCACGAGUACGGUCACCCAGCUGGUGGAGGCGGCCUUUGGCAGCGGGGUUGAGCUUCGGUACGACGCCGACACGGAUGCAGGAGGAGCGUCUCCGUCGUCACCCAGCCUCGACGGCUGGUGGCAGGCGCUGGGCACAGGACUGGGCGUGCCUCUGAAGCGCACUGGGCCUGCCACGGGCAGCAACAGCCAGCAGUCUGGGUCCCGCAACGACCGCGACGCCGCCGCCAGCGACGAGCAAGGUGACGGUGCUUUCCAAGAGGCGACACCGAAUAAGACCAAAGCGGCAGCGGCGGAAAAGACGAAUGCAGCCCCCAAGAAAGAGGCUGAGGAGACAAAGCCCGACGAGGACGACCCUCCAUCACCGAUACCCGCAAAGGCAAAGGCAGGGCUGGGCAAGAUUGGCCGUCUUGGUGCCAUAGGGAAGAAGCCCAAGGCAAAAAGCCCAUCGCCGCAACCGCCAGUAGGAGACAAAGAAGACGGCAAGGGAGACGAGACAGCAUCUGAUGCUGAGGAUUUGGAGCCGCCAACGACGAGGGCGACAGAGAAAAAGGAGGCCAAAACCGCGGUUGGCGGCGACGACGACGAGAAAGAGACGACACCUACGGUGACCACGGCCUCACUGCGGACAAAACCUGCCCGGGGAGGACUUGGACGCAUCGGUGGGAAGAAAGAGAAGCAGCCUACGCCGGAGCCGGAGCAAGAGCCAGAGCCGGAGCCUGAACCGGAAGCAGAAUCAGAAGCAGGCGCAGAGCCAACACCGCUGAAGAAGUCGACGGCCAAAGCGGCCAAAGGUGGUCUGGGUCACAUUGGCAAGGGAAAGCCUGCGGCGGCGAAAAAGGAGGCUUCGGACGACGAAGAUACGGGCAAGCGGAAAGCAGCACAGGAGGACGAAGAGACAAAGCCAGCGGACGCGCCUCCGCCGCCCAAAGAGGACGCCAGCAAGCGGGCCGAGGUGCUGCAAAAGGCGGUGGAAAAGCACGCAGCACCCGUACGCAAGAAGCGCAAGUUUUAA